UACACCACGCGGAAUCGAUUUUGUGUUUGGUGUUGGGAGUGUUUAAGCUAGGGGAGAUAUGUCUUACAGUUGGCUUUACAAAAUAAUAUACCUCCGGUUGUUCCACCCGGAGAUAGUGAAAGUGAAAGAUCCAGUCAUACAUCAUAAUUAUGAAAUCACGUCGUAUAGUUAUGCAAAGAGUUGUUUCAGGGACAAAUAUGGAGGAACACCUCUUCACAUCGCGGCAAGGGAAGGCAGAGUAGACACGCUGAAGGAAUUGCUGAGGGGUUGCCCUGAAUCUGUGAAAGAGGUGAAUGCAACAGGGAAGACGUGUCUUCAUACGGCCGUCAUCUAUAACAAGGGGAAGGUGGUUCAUUACCUGGUGAAAUGGCUAGGGAAAAGAAGUAUUGACUAUGUCAAACUAGUUAAUGUCCGAGAUCAAGCUGGAAAUACGGUUUUGCACUUAGCUACAUCAAGAAAACAACUACAGACUUUAAAAGUAUUGCUCACUUCUGAUCCAAACAUUAGCAAUUUAGUGGAGGUGAACGCAUUGAACUCUCGCGGUUUCACCGCUCUGGACAUCCUAGACGUUCUUCCAUAUGGAGGGAAGAUAGAUAUGGAAAUUGAUAAGAUCCUUCGUCGAGCUGGAGCUUUGAAUGCCAGAGAUCUUCUAGUUUGUGGCCGGAAGCAUGAUGAUGUCUAUGAUUGUAGAAUGGGGACUCACCAGCCAUGGCCUAAAACAGUGAUGACCGUCUCCAAAUCAAGAAAAGAUUAUGCGCGUAUUGUGUUGUUAAUGACGGCCACACUGGUGGCAACAAUAACCUUCCAAGCAGUCCUUAGUCACCCUGUUGGCACUCUCAAACAGGGAUACACAUAUAAUUAUGACCCAAAUGGCACCCUCCAAAUGAAAAAACAAGAUUCAAUACUAGCAGGCUCAUUCAUAUUGUUCAACACCAUUGGUUUUGUUGCGUCGCUCUCCAUUAUCAUAUUCCUCCUGUACGAAUUUCCACUGAAACCGUGGCCACAAAUCUCAGUUUCUACUCUCUUUGGAUCAUACGCGUGCGUGAUAACGGAAAUAUCAGCAGCUGAAGCGUUACCUCUGCUCGCCCUAUCAAUUCCGGUUUUAUUAUUCGCUGCUAGAGGGAAAUUACAUGUCUUCGCGCGGCAGGCCUCUUAUUGAAGAAAAAUUAUGGAAUACCGGUAUGGUACCCAGGGCAUUCCAACCCUUGAACAAGGUGGGACACAUCCAUAUUCCAAUGGCCCUCACUAUCCCGAGUACCAUACCCCGGCGUGUUCAAUAAUUUCCUUAUUGAACUUCUUUCUUAUGCUUGAUGUUUAAUCAAGUUCCCCUAAGUUUAUUGCUGCAUAUUAUUGUUUGUUGUCUUGUCUGUCCAAAAAUUUAUAAGUGAAAACUACUGCAAAAUAAUAGUGGUAAACUUUUGUAAUAAAAGGAUUGUGCUUCUGUGGUGUAAAUUUUUAUUUAUUUAUUUAUUACCUUAUGUGGUGUGCUUGGUUUAA